AUGCAUGCUGCGGGUGGGGGCGGGAGUUGGUUCAGAAGAGGGGGAAGGGGAAGGGCCACCGCUGCUACUCCUCUCCCCUUCUUCACCAGAGCUCACCGCGACCCUCUCCCCUCUUUCUCUCCUUCCCUGUCUAGGACGUCCUCGAACCAGAGCUCACCGCUAGCGAGCCUCCCCUACUUGACCACCGCGCAGCAACGUAGAGCCCUUCUUCCCCAUUGUCCGUUCGCACCAUCUCGCCGCUGCCUCCCUCAAUCGCUGUCGCAGAAGGAACCAGAGCCACCACUGCCCGUUCCCCUCCCUCAAUCCCGGUCGCAGAAGCAACCAGAGCCACCACUACCCGUUCCCCUACUUCUAGCCCUUUCCCGUCAUGCCCAGACCGUUGGUGCUCCACCACUGCCUCCCUUGUCCCCUCUUUUUCAUUUUUAUAAUCCAGAAUUCAGAAACUGUAAUCAAAUCGGUGAACCGGCCAGAAACCAGUCGAUCGAACCGAAUCGUGACCCGACCGGUUUUUUGAAAAGGCAACCAAACGUCGCCGUUUCACUCACUGAGGCACCAGCAAGCCCUAACUCAGCAUUCCAAACUCCAGAGCGCCUCUCAGUCUCUCUCGCACACACUCAGUCCAGGGAGGGCUCUUCAGACCUCUCGAUCUCAUUGAGCUCAACUCCGUCCAGCCACCGCCUCGUGCUGCCGCCGUCGUUCCUUCGAACAGCCACCGUCUGCUCGCUCACUUCCCCUCCAUCGCGCAGCAGCCAUCGCAACCUUCGAAGCCACCAUCUGCUCCACCACUCUUGCAUGCUCUGUCUCCCUUGGUGUCUCUCGGUAUCUCUGUCUCCCUUGGUCACUCGAUGUCUCUGCCCCCCUCCGCAACCACUGUCUCUUGCAUGCUCUCUAGCAUGCUCUACAGCGAGUGUUGCGGAUCUUCUGCUUGAAGCUGGUGGAUCUCUUUGCCCUGCAAGACUAUGUGUCCAAGGUUCACCACAAGCAUAGCAAAACUGGAAUCGGCACCUGCAAGCAAGAAAACAAACAAACAAGUAUAUAUAGGCUAUUGUAUACAUGGGAAUGGAUAGAAAUGAAGUAGAUUUGAUUAGUUAAUUUCCAACUUCUCAGCCGUAUUUGCGGUUUUCUCCUCUCGAUCUCAUCUCCUAUUUUUCCUUAAGUUUAUUUUGUGUUUAUGAUUUGAUUUCUUUUCUUCUGGUUUUCUAAUCUGCGGAUCUCAUCUCUAUUUUUUUUUCUUGUUUGUGAUUUGUUUUUUUUUUUUCGAUUUUCUCUCGAUCUCAUCUCCUAUUUGUGUUUAUGUUUUGUUUAUGUUUCUUUUGGUUUUCUAAUCUGCGGAUCUCAUCUCUAUUUUUUUUUCUUGUUUGUGAUUUGUUUUUUUUUUUAUUUUCUCUUCUCUCGAUCUUAUCUCGGUUUCCUGUUCUGGUUUUCUGUUCUCUGGAUCUCAUAUACAAAUUUUCUCUAAUUUUUUUCUUGUU